AUGUCCGUCGAAAAUUUCUCGCGUCUCCCAUUUCACGGGUGCAACUUCUUGGAGAGUCUGCCUUCAUCCAUCCCAAGAUAUCAAUAUGUGGGAAUACAGCAGUUCCACAACAUUAUCAAUAUUGAAUUCGAUCGUCUAAUCGAUGAUAUCGCUAUUAGCUCUCAAGAAUUUAAUCAACAGAAAAAGGGAAAGAACGAUCAACAACUUGACAACAAUAUCCUACAACACACGGACCAUACUCUGAAUACUCAGAAACAUGGCAGCAGCAGAAAACCCAAAAAUCACCAACCUGCAGACGAGUUUGUGCUAUUCACAAUUGACAGCGAUUCUCUUAAGAGAGAUUUCCUUGAUUCACAUACACUGAAUUCAUAUAUCGACUCUUUCGACAUCAAAAAUGAACUACUUUUAGUCAAAAUGGCUUCGACUAUUCACUCCAAUGCCAUCGGAGAGAUAAGCAGAGCUAUCGAUAAGGCCCUGGAACAUAUAGGCCUUGCUGAUCAGGUCAAGCGUUUUGAAGGUGCCGUGAUCCGCGGUGCAGAUGAAAACGGUCAAGGCAAAGGCAAAGUUGGAGACCAUGGGUGGGGUCUCCAAACCCCACCGGCAGGCUUCCCCGACAAGCCAACUGUCACCCUAACGGUAGCUUACUCUGAGUCGGAGAAGAAGCUGAGAUCCGACGUGGAGUUUUGGCUAAAUCCAGACCAAGGGUGCGCUAAUACGACUCUAACACUUCGGAUCGACAAAACAAGUCCUUUUCUCAUCUUCAGCAACUGGCAGAAGGCCAAACUCGUGACCAGACAUUCUACACACUGGAAAGGCAUUGAAAAGGUCCAGACAAUUAUCAUCACAAUGGGCGAUGACGGAGAGGUCACAGUCAGCGGUCACCCUUUAGUGAUCCCAUUCGAAUUGUUUUUCCGAUGA